AUGUUAGCUGUUAGUAAAACAAAGCCAGUUUCAAUUGCACCUCCACAAGUUCAAGCUGGACAAUCACCUUAUGUAAAUGCUGAAGAAUUUGUUGAUAAUUUUGAAAAAUUACAAAUUGAGCAAUCUCCAAUAUUGUGUCCUGAUUCUCCAUCACCACCAUUGUUACCUUUAAUAAGAGCAACCACAACUGCAAUUGUGAAUAAUGCUUUUAUUCGAGAUAACAAUCAACAUGUUGCUGCAGAUAAUUAUGAGAAUGCUGAUGGUGAUGAUGAUUAUCAAAAUGCUAAUCGUAGUGGUGCUAAUAAUGAGAAUGCUAAUAAUGGCGAUAAUGAUCAUAACGACGUUGAUGAUUAUGAUGGAAUCCGGGACGAAGCUAAACCGGAUCAUAUCGUGAAAAUGCGAGAUCAACAUAACAAAAUUCUUAGUGAAUGGAACAAACAAGUUGAAAAGCUGACACGGGAAGUCAACAAGUUGAACAAAAAGCUGAACAACAUGAUACGUGAUAGAGAUGAAGUACAAUCUGAUUUAGAAGCAAAAUUAAGUGCUGAACUCGUAAAAUACAAAUCAAGAAAGCCGUAA